AAGAAAAAGAAAAAGAUAAGAACAUUUAUAUAUAUUCCCCUCAAAUCUCUCUCUGUCUCAAACUGUUUGUCUACAGACGACAAGUAGAUUCCUUUUUCUUUGCUUUCUCAGCAUCCAAUAAUUGUCAUGUUAUUUCUCCAUUUUAAUUCUUGUUUGUUUAUUUCCCGAGAAAAUUAUCUUGAUUUCCUCAUCCACUUCCUCUUCCCGGAGCUUGUUUUUUUUUUGAAGAACAAGAUCAAUAUUCAAGAUUUGAGUUUGAUGGAAUCAAGAAUGGAAGGAGAUGUGUAUUCUGGAUUUGGAGAGAGAUACCAAAUGGAUGGUAAAUUGUUGCAGAAUUUCCAGAAGAGCUUUGUUCAAGUUCAAGACAUUCUUGAUCAAAACCGGCUUUUGAUCAACGAGAUCAAUCAGAACCACGAGUCCAAACAAGCUGAUCACUUGGGAAGAAAUGUGGGUUUGAUAAGAGAGCUCAAUAACAAUAUCAGAACAGUGGCAAGUCUUUAUGGAGAUCUCUCUCAUUCUUUCGCUAGGUCGAUUGAUGCUUCAUCUGAAGGAGAAUCUACCGGGACAUUGAAAUCUGAUGGCAAGGCCAACAACCAGAAGAGAUUUAGAUCCGGGUAAUAUAACCAAUCUUGAUUUUGUAGAUUCAAAGCUAAUUUGAUUGUGGAUUAAGGAGUGUGUCAUGUUGUUGUUGUUGUGGUGGAACAGUUAUGACAUUAAUAUUGUGCUUUUCUUAAGGGUCUUCAAUAGUUUUGCUUAUGCAAUUUCUCUUGAAAUGUUAUCUACAUAAUGUUUAUGUCUUUGAUUCUGAGAUAAUAAAAGAAGUUUUUCUUUUGUUAGA